CCUCCCGCUGCCUGCCGCCUCCCCUGGGGCCGGGCUGGGCCGGGCCAUCAGUCACUCCCUGGAGCCAGCCCCGCUCCCUCUCCCCGGCCGCCCGCUGCCGCCUGGCUCACUCGGAGCCGCUCGCUCCUGCAGGCGCGCGCUGGCCCCGCGGGCUCUGAUGCACCUGUAGCCGCCCCGCGGCAGCGGGGCCCCCAGGGGCCAGUCAGUGCGCGGCCUGAUCCGCCAGGCGGGGCCCGAUCCUUGGAUUUACCUCCCCACGGACUGCAGAGCCGGGCUCCUGCGCUGCCUUCGGGGGACUCCGAGGGCCGAGGGGUCCGUGCCCUGCAUCCCGCCAGCCCAGCGCUCGGAGCUACCAUGCGAGUGCCCCGGACUGCGGGCGCUGCCGGAGGGAGGGGGCAGCUGCCGGCCAGGCGCCCUGGACACCAGCGCUAGGGGACCCCCACACUCCGGCUCGGCACCAUGAGAGCCCCCCGGGAGACCUUGCACCUCCUGCUGGCUACAGCCCUGCAGCUGAUCGGCUGCGCAGCUAAGGGUCUCUUGGGGGUGUACCCAGCCUGACUGCAUGCAGGCACCACAGCCCCAGACGAAGGGGACCCACCCGCUGGGGGAAGUGAUACAGUGGAUGGAGGUUUAUAACCGCAGCUUCUGCCAGCCGAAGGAGAUGCUGGUGCCCGUGAGCGAGGAGCACCCAGAUGAGGUGGAGCACCUGCUGGCACCCUCCUGCGUGCCCCUGCGUCGCUGUGCUGGGUGCUGUGCCGACGAGGGGCUGCAGUGUGUGCCUACCCGCAUGCAUGUGGUGGUGAUGGAGGUGAUGAAAACCCGCUACCUGUACAGCCACCUGGACCAGCUGGCCUUCGUAGAGCACAGUGCCUGCGAAUGCAGACCAAAGACAAAUAGCAAAGUAAAUCCAGAAAGGCCUGUACGGCCCAGGGGGAAAAACAGCAUUGGACGCAAACACAAAAAGAAGAGACCCCCUGAACAGGACUCCCCCCACCUGCCCUCCUGCCCACCCUGCUCAGACAAACGGAGGCGCCAGGAUCCUCGGACAUGCCAGUGCCGCUGCCGGCGCAGGUCCCAGCACUGCCAGGACCGGGGCUUGGAGCUCAAUGAGCACUCAUGCAGCCACUCUGUUCUCCCCCGAGGUGUGAGAAGCUGCGCAGAUGAUCUGAUGGGGGAGGGGGGUGACCUGGGACCAGCCUCUCCUCCCCCCCCCCCCAAGCCCAGCUCUUCAUUGGAUCCAGAACAAGACUUUGGCCCUGAGUGCCCCCUGCUGGAGAGGAGCCCAAGGAAGACGAGCAAGGCUGCCCUGGAAUGGACCUGAUGAGAGGACUCCUGGGACCAUGUUGGGGGGUCAGACCCCAUUAUCCACUGCCUGGACAGGACCUGUCAGGAGGGGCUGCAUCUUGCACAGCCUCUCGUGGACUGGGGCAGCCAGAUCCCGGGGCCCCUCCAGGACUCGGGCAGCCAGAUUCCAGGACCCCUCCGAGACUAGGGCAGAUGGAUUUCAGGGCCCCUCCAGGAUUGGGGUCCAGAUCCUGAGGCCCCUCCAGGACUCCGGCUCCCAGAUUCCUUUGAUGCCCACCAAGGCCGCCCCAGCUCUGCUGGCCAGACUCUCAUCCCCUUGUCGUUAUUUAAAGUUCCACAAACACCCCUCACUGCCCCGCUCAUCCCCAAACCCUUUUAAUUUAAUACUUGCCCUCACCUUCCUCUCCAUCCCCCCGGACCAAACCCCGUUUUCCUGCCGGAGCCAAGGGGAGGCUGAGCACCAGCUCGAGGACCCUCCCGGGGCACGUCCUGCUGCUGUAACUGCCCGCACAUUGGUAUCCGGCUCUAAAGCUAUUAAACGGAUGAGACAUGA